GACUUUGUUUACGUCUUGAGGGUCCUCUCCCCCUCCUACACCCUCUCACUCACUAGUGACUCUCCUGAAGGAGUGAACAGUGUGGUGUUAUAGUGUUCUAUCGGGUGUUCUAACAAGAUAAUUAUAUGGCAAUUUGUGAUUUUAACACAAAUUUAGUGAUCAGAAGUCAAAAUGGCUUCAGACAUUGUUGCUUGGUUUGAAUUCCUCCUUAAUCCUACAUUGUUAGAGUCUCACCUGAAUCAAACAAAUCCAGAACCAUCUGCAAUUGGACUGAUCAUUCAAUUCAUAUACAAUAGCAUCAAGAGAACCGAUGGCGGAAAUAAUGAGGUGGAGACCAUGGACGUUUCAACACAAGAAAGCAACAACAAGAAGAAAAAUGCACUCUCUGUGUUGGCUCUCAAAACAGCAGCUCACCUCAACUGGAACUUGGAAAUUUUUGAACAGAAAUUACCUUUGCAUAUGCAAGAUGCUCUCCUCAUUGCAUUGCUGCACGAGACUUUAGAGGAGAUGAGCAGCCCAACAACACAUGGGACACUGGACACUGGUCCCUUGCUUCCUUAUCAGCUGUUCAGUGUUGCCUUGUAUCAUCGCUAUGCUCUUCGAGCACUCGUACGAACUAAAUUACCAGCCAAACCUAUCAAGGUCUCCAAUGUCCCCAUUCCAGGGCAGCAGGAUCCCACACAUGAGUCUCGUGAAGUCCAGGAAGGCAUAUUGAGCGUUCUCGAAAGAGGUGGUGAUGUGUCCGUCAGGAUUCUAGAACAGUUACUAGGAGCCGGUGAGGUUCGUGCACCAGUGCUACCAACAUUCACUGUGCACACCCACCAUACUACUGUCAUAUCUCAUGCAUGGGAACGCUGCAAGUCUGUAGCAGAUGAGCAGUUCAAAUGUCAGAUCCACUAUGACCUAGGUGCUUACCACUUCCUUCAGGAGAGAUACGAAGAUGCAUAUUCUCACUUCUCUGAAGCCUGUAAACUCUUACCAGAAUUAGGAUCCCAUCCAGACUAUUGCCAAGUGAAUGAGGGCAAGUUGAGGGGGUACUACAAGAGCUGUGCAUCCCUCUGUAGUCAGUCAACGCCCUUAGAACAGAGAUCACUUUAUGACAGAUUCUUGCACUCUAGCUGCAGUGGAUUUCAGGACUUGAUCAAGAUUCUGUCGGAAGACAAUGUGGCCCUUGAGAUUCCAUCAUACUUGAGGAAGAAUCUUGAACUGGAGCUACAAGCUAAACCUGAAAAGGCACCACCAGGAUUUCUUCUACAGGUGCAGACAUUGAAUACUGUUCGGAAUGUAUUGGAAGGAGACUUGUGGAAUAGCAACUAUCCUGCUGCCUUAGCUCAAGGUGGCAAACCAGGUGUACAGUUUCUGAUUCAGGUUUUAGCUGCAAAGUUUUCAAGGUUUACUAGCUCCCAUAAAGAGAGGAUACGCUUAUUUUUUAUAACUGUUAACUUAACAUCAAGCAUCAAAGAAGUGCUGGUCCCUGCAAUCAGAAUCUGCCCCCCACUUAAAGCUCUCUUCUCACAAGAGGAACUACUUGCAAUGUGGCCACAGUAUGAAGAAGGAAGAGCGUGCUCCAAUAAGACAUCUCCAGAUGCCACUGUGACAGAUCCAAACAACCUAAACGAUAUUAUUUGGGACCUGAUUCAUUCCUACUCGCCACAAGUACUGAAGAGUGCUGUGAUGCACUACAAGAAUGUCAUGCCGCCCAGACUCGACGUGAAUAAGAAGGAAAUUCCUGAACUUAACGUGAAGUGGGAGAUACCAAUCCCCAUCUACAACACAUUAAUGAAGCUGCCUCAGACCUCUCAGAGAGAGCUUGUCUUUUUGUAUAUUGCAAAAGCUGUAGAAUUGGCUCAAGCAAAGAGCUUCCAGAGUGCACUAGAUUUACUUGAUGAAGCUUGCAGCAAUUCAUCAAAGCUUGCAGGUAGGGACACGGCACGCCUCUCCAAGCUGCUGAUGUGGAUGGUGCUCAUGACCAAGAUUCAGCACUGCUUGCAUGAAUUGCCGUGUGUGGAUAAUUCAGUGAUGAGUGAUCUGACAAAUGAAGCUCGAAAAUGUUUAAGUGCUCACAAUGGACGAGAUGGAAUUGCUCCGUGGACUGGCGUAAAUAACUGGUGUAUACUCUUGCUACUUAAUGCUGGUGAGUGGAGUAGUCUGCUGGGAGGGGUGUCGCUGCCCUCCCAUCUCUACCUCCUGGUGUUGGUCAAGCCCUUGGCAGCAACAGCACGGGCUUUGAGGGAGAAGCUCACCAACAAGACAGUUUGGUAUGAACUUUGGGAUAUAGUGGUUGGAGUCUUGGGGAACAGUGUGCAACACAAACGCUCCAGUUCUGGCCAGUCUACAGCAGUUGAGCGGCACCACGACUCGGUCAUUAUGAGCCGAUCUGCAUUUCUGGACUUUCUCGAGAAUAUUCGAGAACCAAGCUGCCUCUCCAUCAUCAUCUCUCUUCUUGGUCAUGUUCUCAAUCUUCUGAACCAAGAACCUAGUAAUGAAGUACACAUUGAUCACCUUGCUAUGUGGCCAUCUACUGAUGUUAUUGUUUUCAGAACUCUUCCAAAGGAGACGGUGAGAGAGACACUGGUGUGGGUAGUAGAUCAUGCAACCAGAUUGUAUCCAACAGCAACACAUACAAGUGCAGCUCUGUGCACCUCGUGGCAUUUAUCACGGGCCGACCUCUCGUACAUGAGUGACCAGUACCACAGUGCCCUGGCCGGGUAUUUGACGGCUGUGUUUGUUGCCACAGAUUUCCUUAGGAAUGACAAUGGAGGGGAUCAGUCAGUAUUGACAGACAGCAUCAUCAGAAGAAUGAUUCGAUGUUGUAUGAAUCUGAACUGUUACACACAGGCAGCCAUCUUGUGCCAGUUCUUGGAGAGCAUUGACUACAGCACUGCACUGCGUUGUUUGCAAGAGAGGAACUCCGUCGAUGCCAUGGAUGCCUACUACUGCUGCUUAUGGGAUGUUUCACUCAUCGAGUUCAUCAUCAACAUGCACCAGAAGCGAGGAGAAAUACAACGCAGGGAUAAAGCCUUGAAAAUGAUGGGCCUUCUAGAAGUGAACUCCAACAACAACGAUGAAAUCCAGAGGGAAGCAGCGAAGGUCCGCAAGCACAGGUUUCUGCGUGCCAUGGCCAAACAGUACCUGUAGAGACUAUAUUGAAAUUAAAUUUGAACAACUA